AUGGAGGUAGGGAAUAGAAUAAGAAGGGAAGAAGUGGAUGCGGCAAUCAAUAGAUUAAUGCGGAACAAUGCUACAGGAGCAGAUGGUAUGGAGAACGAAGUGUUGAAGUAUGAAGGAGAAGGGGUCAGGGAAGGCAUAUUUGUCAAGUGGAUAAGAAUAUGGGCCUCUACCGAUCAUUUGAAAAUUUGUCAGAAUAUUUUUGCGACUGUUACAAUAAUCACUUAUACUGAUUCUUGUUACGAGGCGUAUAAGCAAGGACCUUGUCCACCUGGAGAAUACCUAGUGCUUUCUCCAGGGCAAGAUUUAGCAAAAUGUGAACGAAAUGAUUGUCUUGUAGAUGGUUUCAUUCCUUUCAAAGGAUCCUGUUUACAACUUUACAACAGUUGUGGAGAUGUUGAAUAUACGAAAUUUUUAUAUUUGGGCCUCGAUUUUCAACUAACUUGUAUUGAGCCAUCCUCGGGUUCUUCAUCCGGUGUAAUAAAUGCACCUAUCAAAAAAUGUUCAAAAGGCAGUCGCAGAAAUGCCUUAGGAAUUUGUAAACUUGUGUUAACCUGA